CAUGACCAAUACAAUUGAAUUUCUGUACGAGUUCGUACGGUACGGUACCAUACGAUGAGGUUGUAACGGUAGUAUUCGAACCGAGCACGGAAAGAAGAAAAUACAUAAAAAACAUUGACGGAACAAUGGAAGAUUUCAACAGGAAGGAGAACGGAGAUGACAAGCAAUAUGAUGGAAUCUGGAUAGGCAUUGAUCUUGGCACAAGCAAUUCUACAUGUGCCGUUUGGGACUCCUCGCGAGGAGGUGCCAAGUGGUGCGUACCAAAUAACAAUAAAUAACGACGACAUCGUGGAAUUUCCCCUCGCAUUCUAUCCUCUGCGAACACAAGUACUCGUUUCUGGAACUCCGGUUAUCAUGUCCAGGAUGGUUUUCGUUCUGUUUACAUUCUAAUGACUAUUCGUUUUUCUCAGGGUUCGUUUGCCGGAUAUCACAGAAUCGACUAGUUCGAAAGCAGGACGAAUCAUGCCAUCUAUCGUUCGCUUCCCAAAUGGAUGCGACGAUCCUCUAGUUGGGUUUCCUGCCUUGCUGAAAACUUCGGUGGCGGAAAAUAGCGGUGAUAGUACAAAGUGUGGGAAGAGCAGUGUCCUGCGGAGUGUGAAACGGCUAUUGGGGAAACGAUAUGAUGAUCUCGACCCGUCAUGGCUCGAAACCCUUGAUUUUGAUGUUCGCAAUCCAUCCGAGUAUGGCGACAACGAUGACCGUGACCAAAGCCUCCAAUUGAUACCGAGGGUGGGCAAAUCAUUCGAAAGCGAAACAAUUGCGAUAACACCCCAGGAUGUGUUGGCCCUUGAGCUGAAGGCUAUUCGAACGGCAUGCCAAUCGUAUCUGGAUAAGUACAGGCUAUCGAAAAGUCUCAAAGUUCCCGGGGGAGGAGAGGACGAAACGACCAAUUAUACAGUGGACAACGUCGUGGUAGGUGUACCUGCCCAUUUUUCUCAUCGCCACAUCGGUCUGGUGAAAGAAGCGUGCCGCGAGGCUGGCUUUCAUGGAUACGUGGGAACGUGUUUGGAAUCAACGGCAGCGGCCAUAGCCUAUGGAUUGACAUUGCAGGAACGAGGCAAGGGGUGGACCCCGGGUUCCGAUUCCUCGGCUUCCAUGAAAAUCAAUUCAACAAACAGAAAAGGAGGUCCUACUUUCAUGGUAGUAGACAUGGGAGGAGGAACAACUGAUAUAACAAUCGCGAUCCGCAGAGAGAAGCUACAACAAUACGCCAAAAGCUCUCCGAGUCUAGACGAAGAUGAAGGUGCAAGCAGUGAAAACAACCCCUCGUCAUCGUUCCGGGUAUUGGUAACCGAAGGGGAUGAUGGUUUAGGCGGAGAUGAUAUUGAUGAAGCCAUAAUGGAGUAUUAUCUGGGUCAAGUUGUUUCAAAAGAACGUUCGAACGAUAACCAAAAUAAAAGAGAGAUGAACAAGACUAGGAGUGACUCAUUGAAAUUAGCCUGUCGUAAGGCCAAGGAAUCGUUGUGUAGCUUGGAGGACCCGAGUCCCUCCGUAACGGUUGGAACGGAAGGUCAAGAGGUUGAAAUAUCCAGAGAAGUAUUCGAUACGAUAAUCCUUGAGCCAUGGUUGCGGAGGGCUCGCGAUUUAAUAAUGAAAGCCUUAGAUUGUCUAAAGAAGGCUCCCACAAUGCCAGGAGUCACCGUCGAUGAAGUAAUUUUGGUGGGAGGUACCACUCGGAUUCGCGCAAUACGACACAUGAUACAAAAUAUUUUUCCACAAAUUGAGCUAUCCUUGUCAUUGAAUCCAAUGUCAAGCGUUUCCCAAGGAUUGGCUAUUCAAGCCGCCAUUCUUUCCAAACAGAUUCCUAUUCACGAGCUCAAAUCGGCUAUGAUGUUGGAUUGUGUUCCCCAUGCUAUCGGUGUCCAACUGCAACCCAAUGGAGGAUUUGUAGAGAUCAUUCCCCGUAAUGCACUCCUGCCAGCGGUCGGUUCCGCGACGUUUGUUCUUGCGGACAAAUACCAAGCCGGCGUAAGUAUCCGAGCUGUGGAAGAAGUAGGUCCCGAUACGUAUGAAUUAAUGAGUAAGGAGGACUUUUCAUUUGUUCUUCGAAAAUUGUCCAGUGCACAAUUUGAAAACAUUUCGGAACGAAAGAUACAAGUCGGAAUGAAACUUGAUAAUGAUGGCAGGUUUAUAGUUUCUAUUUUCGAUGAAAAUGACCCGGAACAAGUUCGAAAGAGAGACCGGUUUGAAAGGAUCCAACAGGGCGAAGAGAUAGUCGGAGAACUAGAUUAUAUAAAGGACAUGAUCCUAGCGGAUUCUGAUGGAAUCACGAACGAACAAAUCACACUCGUCGUAGCCUUGAUAAGUGUAUUUGUGCUUUACGUUGCCGUCAAAAUGGCAUUUGCAGAUCCUUUAGAACACGGCAACGCUAUUUUGGGAUAAAUUGAAAAAUCAUAGAACUGGGUUUCAAUCAAAAGAAUGUGAGGCACAAUUGAUAAACUAGAACAAAUACGUAGGAGUACUCGUACGUACCAAAAAUCUAACGUUUAGUAGAUAUUGGGUGAUUCCUGUUAAUAGAAUGCUAAAUUAGCA